ACGGGCGGACAUCUUGGACGCAGUAUCCAGUUCUUAUUAUACCGCAGUGCCUUUGUCCAAGAAGCCCAUAUACAACAGAGGAAACCCUGUGCAGUGCAAGCAGCCAUCUUGGAUAGACAGCCAAGGCAGAUACUUCAGGCAGGAUAACCUACAGAUAGAUCCCUUCUGAGCAGCUCAAGACAUAAAACCGACAAUUCCCGAGCCACGAUGGCCACCGCACCGUACAACUACUCCUACAUUUUCAAAUACAUCAUCAUCGGGGACAUGGGGGUAGGGAAGUCGUGUUUGCUUCAUCAGUUCACAGAGAAGAAAUUCAUGGCGGACUGCCCCCAUACGAUCGGCGUGGAGUUUGGCACAAGGAUAAUCGAGGUGAGCGGCCAGAAGAUCAAGCUGCAGAUCUGGGACACGGCGGGCCAGGAACGCUUCAGGGCCGUCACGCGUAGUUACUACAGGGGGGCCGCGGGCGCACUCAUGGUCUACGACAUCACCAGGAGAAGCACAUACAACCACCUCAGCAGUUGGCUGACUGACGCCAGAAACCUCACCAACCCCAAUACUGUGAUCAUUCUUAUAGGUAACAAAGCAGACCUGGAAGCCCAGAGGGACGUGACGUAUGAGGAGGCCAAGCAGUUUGCUGAGGAGAACGGUCUCUUAUUCCUGGAAGCCAGCGCCAAAACGGGUGAGAACGUGGAGGAUGCCUUCCUGGAGGCGGCUAAGAAGAUCUACCAGAACAUCCAGGACGGCAGUCUGGACCUGAACGCUGCAGAGUCUGGUGUCCAACACAAGCCCUCUGCCCCCCAGGGAGGCCCACUAUCCAACGAACCACAGCCCCAGAGGGAAGGCUGCGGCUGCUAAUGACCAACGCCUCUCUCUGUGUCCUUCUCCACCCCCCCCCUCUCUCUCUCCUCAUCCUCCAUCAUCCCCUCCCCACUCCACUGGGACUGCAUGAGGGUGGGGCACGGAUGGAGGGAGGGAACAAGGGAUGGGUUGGCUGGGUUGUGUAGUAGUGUACGUCCCUCUGCCUCCCUCGUUAUUCCUCUUCUUUUCCUGUCUGUGCAUCCUCCUCCACCUUUUCACAUGGUCGUUGUCUUCACGUCUUCCUCCUCCUCUGCAUCAUUCAGUCCAGCUCAUCUGCCAUGGGAUUCCAGUUCCAUGUAUAAAGACACAUAGAUGGGUAAACCUGAAGAAAUACUUUUUUUAACGUUUCCUUUUAUAGCUUCUACUAUAUUAUCAAUCAAGUCUCAUCUAGCACAUCUGAAACCAACCAAGCCUGUAUAGUCUAACCUCCACUGACAUUGAGUUAUCUAGACACUCUCUCCGCAUCUCUCCCCCUGCAUCACUCCUGCAUGGUUUAAUGAUCUAGGACUAUUUUAAUUGAACUGAAAUGUGUAUGAGUAAAACAUUUCCCUCGAUGGCUUGGUCUCUUCCGGGGGAGGAGAUGGUUAGUGAAAGAAAUUAUGUAAUGUAUGACGCGGCCCGCUACUGAUCACUAUUAGCGGUGUGUGUUUGUGUGCGUGUGGUCCAGUUGUUGAACCUGGUCUAGAACAGGUAUCCACUGUCUCUACCCAAAGCUUUGCCCCCUGGUCCUUAUGGUAAAGCUCUGAUACUAGGCAGAGAUGGAAUCCUUCUAAUGGUGUUCUACAGUACACCUCAGAGUGGCAACACUAGUGUAGUAGAGAGACACUUUAAAGCCCAAGAGACCUGGAAUUCCCCGACCUACUUGUCUUUCUCCCUAUAGGACGUCACAGGAAAGGCUCUGGGUGUUUUCCUGCCACUACAGUGUGUCUGUGUGCAGGGAUUUCUUUAACUAAGUUAAUGACACUUAAGAAAACAAAACGUUUUCCUUUAUGGGGAAGGAUUCCUUCAGAUCAUCAGUUUCAUUGCACCAACUUCCUCCUCUCCCCCCCCCCAGACCAUAUCAAUAGAAUCUGUCUGUCCUUACCAGCAUUUUCUUUGUUUGUUGCCUUAUGGUUAAUAUUAUUACUGUUUAAUCUUUUCUUUGCUGCGCUACAUACUGCUGUCAAAUAAACAAACUGUUUUACAAUAUGGUGAUAUUUCUGUGUAAAACAUGGUAACUGGUGUAACACAGGGGUGCUGGUGAAGAAAGGUAGAUGUUGCCCCUUAAAUCCAGAGCUAGGAUUUAAAAACAAAAGUCAAAUUGGGGCUGUUUUAUAUUUGUUCUGUUUCUUACAUGUACAAGUAUGAAAUGGAAAUGUUAUUUUGUUGUAUAUCCCACUACCCCUGAGACACCCUCGGAGAGUGGUGUCACAGCCAGGGAUCCUGGAGCAAUUAGGGUUGAGUGCCUUGCUCAAAGACAGAUUGAUAGAUUGAUUUUCAACUAGUCGCUCAGGGAUUUGAACUAGCAGCCUUUCGGUUACUGGCCCAACGCUCUAACCACUAGGCUACCUGCUGCGAUCAGCUUACCCUAUUCCAUCUUAACCCUACACCUGUGGUCCCUCACCCCAGCCCACUCUCCUCACAGGCUUGUAUAGUAACAACACCAAGCAACAUGCCCCACCAGAACGGCCCCAAACGGAAAUAGUUAUACGGAAUUUUUUCAAGCUCAAUUUCUGUAGGUGACCAUGCUAUUUAGAGGAUUGGUCAACCCAGAGAUUGAAGAUACACACAUCUCGGCAUGUUUAUUUCAUGCAACAUUAGCCAGGGAUGGCAGACUAAAAGCAUAGCUGAUGUUUUGGAGCUGUCAAAUCAGUGAGGUGCUCUUGAUCAUUGUCAUGACGCCACACCCAUCCCAUCGAAGUUCAUAACGAGAAAGUGUUGGCUAUAAAUAAUCACUCAAAUCAAGGUGUAGAUUACUUCUCACAUUCCAAUGUAUGAACUUCUAAACAAGUUGCACCUUAAUGCAGCUCUGUGUAGCCAAUGGCAAUGCACAAUGCCCGGAGCCGCUUGUGGAUUUGACAGCUCUAAUGCAGUUAAACCUCCACACCGCCAAAACAACCGCUAUGCGGAUUAGAUUGAGCCCAUAGUUUCUAUGAAUAAAUGUUUUGAGUAGAGGGAGUCUGUCCAUAGUGCUACUUGGUGGUUCCAUCGUUUUGUUUCUUCACUCUUCAUCCUCAGUCUGAGUAGAAGGGGAGUGGAAGUGUUCAAACUAGUACUUUGUCGAUUCCACUCAACUCUUGCUUGUAGGAGGUGGAGUGGAGAAUGUCACUGUUUUUGAGUUAGGUUUUCUCUCCAUGUAAUGUUUAAUGAAAUUGGAUAAAACUAUGACCAAAGUAUGGAAAAAUUGCUUCUACGAUGAUAGUGGUCCCCUCCCCAAUGUUGGCGGGAUUAUUAAGGGGAUAGGGUGCCAUCACCCUAACUCAUUUUAAUACACCAAUGGUAACAUGAUGCAUUGCUGUCUUAAUUUUGGGGCGUGGGAAUGUCUAGAGAUGGGUCCUCCUACGUUCUAAAACGUACAUGUAUACAUUUUGAAGGAGCUGUGUUAACAUUUAAAUGCAUUCUUGCGUGUAUAUGAUUUCAAUGACAAAAUGCUCUAGACAGAAAAUACAUUAUACAUAACC